AUGGAUCUGUCCUUGAUCGAUUCUGCCGCCUGCAGCUUGUUAGGAUUGAUGCUUCAGAUCUCAGGGUCGCUCUACAGGGAAUGGAACUACACAAGCCAGUUGCUGGCUGAGCACUUGAUCUAUGAGCUUUCUCAACUGCGUAAUGUCCUGGAGUCACUCGAAAUGGGAGCCUUGUCCGAAACAAAUGCCGUUAUUGUCUCCAAAAAUCUAUUGAUUUGUCUUAACGACGUGAAAGACUGUAUUGUCUCGUUGGAAUCCGAGCUGUUGGGGCGAAAUUCCUCCAACGUGUCUAAUGCUUCCAGGCUCCCAUUCACGCCUGCCGAAGGCCUGAAACAGAUCCAGCAUCUUCAAGCCUGUCUGUCGAGCAUUGAACGCUCUACGUCACUUGAGUCCGAAGAACCCGCUCCAAAGUAUACAGUAGACCUAGGCGGAGCUUUAUGGCGAGAUGGUGCAGAUUACAUUACAGCUCAUCGGUCGGCGCGCUGGCUUCGACUAGAAGGCACCGGACUAUGGCUCAUUAACCAAGCAAACUUCCGGAGAUGGCUCAAUGUAUACCGUCUGGAAGACCCUAACACCCUCUUUUGCCUAGGAGGACCUAGCUCGGGCAAGACGAUUCUGACGUCUUUGGCAAUCGACGAAGUUCAAAAACGGCAACAGGCUAAUAGAUCUUUAAACAUUGGGUUAGCCUACUUCUAUUUCAGCUAUAGAAAGUCCAGUCCGAUGCGAAAUGUCGUAUUGGCGCUGCUUCGACAGCUGUACUUACAAUCCUUGUCGCGAGUUGAUGAAGUGGCUGCCCUCGAAAACUUAGCUUCAAGAUCAGAGCACAUUCCUUUCACCAGUCUCGUUUCGGUCCUCCUAACUGUCUCAAAACGAUUCUCACAGGUAUACUUCAUUUUCGACGCCUUGGAUGAAUGCGGGCCAGCCUACAUGCCUGACUUGCUGCAUCUACUCACGUCGAUAAAAGCCUCGCCAGCCCGGCUACUUGCUUUUUCACGGCCUCGCCAGAUUUUCGAUGCCUUGGCAGUUGGCUCGAAGGUUGACGUCUUGCCAUCGAAAGAAGACAUCAAGCAUUAUGCCAAAACUAAGCUACAGCCUGUACCACUUUUUGCGGCUGACGGUGACUUAUUGGAUGAGGUUGUUUCUGCUCUUGUAGCUGCUAGUGAGUGGCAUCAUAUGUUUUCGCCCAUCGCCUUACACGUUGAUGCGUUCCGGCAGAAAUAUACCAAGAGACAGGUUAGAAUGCAGGAGGCUGAACUUCACCGAAGUCCAUACUCUGCUUACCAGGACAGCUUGUAUCGAAUCCAAAACCAGAGGCCGCAUAUGGCAGACUUGGCAAAACGAACCCUCACCUGGCUAUUUUAUUCUCAACGACCACUCGAAACUGUGGAACUUCUCGAAAUUCACCACUCCUCAGUCCUAGGUGCGGCAGAAAUCGAUGUCCCCUUGAUUGUAGAAGCAUGCAUGACUCUAGCACAGGCUGGAGGAACGGUCACAUUUACACGCACUUCCGUCAAGGCAUUCCUCGAACAACAAUCGUGUACCGUUAUGGACGAUGAGAAGAUGAUCGCGGGCCAUUGUCUACAGUAUCUAAUUGCCAGCAAGAUUGACAAAGCAACGACCCACGGCUCUCUCAAUGAUCAGCUUGGUAGCAAUCCAUUUUUAGAUUAUGCGGUUACCUACUGGGGGUGCCACUUGCGCAACGCAGUCCGAAGUGAUGCAGAGGAAUACGAGCAACUUAGGCGAUUGUGCUCAAUGCUGUUGAAUGAUAAGACGAGGGUAGCGAGUUUAUGCCACGCAAUAUUCACGCCCCAGUUGGAAAAGAAGGCGACAACUGAUAAACUCGUCAAGUCCUCUUGGCUUCAUCUUGUCUCAUACUUUGGGCUGGAUUGGGCAAUUAAUCCACCACUCGUUGAUGAAACAAUGGCGGAUGAACAAGACGAAUGGGGUCGAACACCGCUUCACCUAGCAGCCCUGAAAGGCUUUAACGACUGCGUCGCAAUUCUUCUAACACAAAAAUCCCAAAGCCAACAAGAUUUGGACAGAAGAACAGUUUGGCACUACGCCGCGAUGAGCGGAAACUCCGAGACUAUGCGUUGUUUGGUUGAUUUCAACGCUCGCGUUCUGGAGUCGACUCAUUUAGACACUUCAGCCAUCUUGGGAGCAGAUAAACUGGACAAAAGUCCGCUUGAAUAUGCGGCAAUCUAUGGUGAUGAAAACACAUUCAUGCUGCUUCUUCCAUUCUAUCCCUCUGAAUCUGCGAAUGAUUUUAGAAGCAGAGCAUUCCUGGCGGCUUUGGCUGGCGGCAAGCUAGACAUCUUAAAAUGCCUAUUAUCGCAGGGAGAAGUUGCUCACUACAACUAUUUCCUGGAGGCAACAAAGGUCGGAUCUAAUGCCUCAAUAAAUCUUCUUGUAGAUUACGGGUCAAGCAUUGACAAUCCAGAUGCUGCCGGAGAGUCGGCAUUCGCGAUCGCGGCGCGAGAGGGGUGGAACAAUAUUCUUAAAUUUAUAAUCUGGAAUAACGCAGAUCUUGAGAGUCAGGAUGCAGACGGACAGACAGCGCUCGCUCUAGCCGUAAAAACGGGCAACGAUGAGGGGGUACGAUACCUAUUGAAAGCUGGAGCUUGGCCAGAAGGGUCCAUAAACGGUGACACGCUCGUGGUAUAUGCCGCCAGUCAAGGCCAUGUGGAAAUUGUUCGGCUGCUGUUAGCCGCAAGACAUAGACCGUACGAAGCAGCUCUUACUGCAGUCAAAGAAGGGGGGACUGGACUUCUGGAAAGGUUUUCUCAAUGGGCAGUGCUUCCUACAAAUUUAAGCGCCGAUAAGAGACAGAGUCUAGUGGAAGCGGCAAAAGAAGCAGAUUCAAGCUCGACUUUGGGCACGUUGGAGUCUCAUGGACUGAAAGUUCCUCUGCAGCCAAUCUACUCUGUUCAGUCCGAAGUUGCAGUUGAUCCAGAGGCAUCGUUUCAGAAGGUUGAAACAUGGGGCGAAGAUGCCAUUCCACUCAGCGAAGCACUAUCUAAAAUGGACUUGGUAUCUACUAAGAGCUUGAGGAGAUCGGGGCUGAAACAUGCCCAAAACGAAACAGGGGCGAGAGAAGGACUCACAGAACAGUCGCUUAAGCUAUCUGAACUCGAAACAAAGGGAAUUCGACCAUCACCAAUAUCGUCCCGCCAACCGCCUCAAGAUGAGUCUACACUAGUGUGA